AUGCAGUUGGCACCAGGAAUGAUUCAACAGGUUCAGUCGCCUUGCUCCAAUUGUAAAGGUGCCGGUGAGAUAAUCCCAGCCAAAGAUCGCUGCAAAGGCUGCCAGGGGCAGAAGAAGCGAAAAGUCGAAGAAAUCCUGGAAGUUCACGUAGAAAAGGGAAUGAAAGACGGUGAUAAAAUCAUGUUCGAAGGAAGAGGAGAUGAGGAUCAUGACGUGCCUCCUGGUGACAUCGUUAUUAUUCUCGACGAAAAAGAUCAUAACACUUUCUUCAGAAAGGGUGAUAAUUUGGUUAUGAACCUUGAAAUCGAGCUUGUCGAAGCGAUGUGCGGAUUCUCUCGUGUGAUCAAAACCUUAGAUGAUAGAACUCUCUUUUUCAACGUCUUACCAGGCGAGGUUAUUAAACAUGCAGAUAUGAAAGUUAUCUAUGGAGAGGGAAUGCCACAUCGAAGGAAUCCUCAGGAAAAGGUCUGGUUUGAGCUCUUCGUUUCAUAG